AUGGUACUCCUCGACGGUGAAAAACGACCGUCAUCGUUCAGUGUCGAAAGUAUCCUCAAACGGAAAGACAAAAUCCUGAAGCCACUGGCUAUGGCACCAACGUCAUCCCUUACUGCGGCUGCAGUCGUCUCUAUCACACCGGGUCGUAUAAAACUUUCGAAUCCGUUUGAGACUGCAAUGCUCUUCUUCGGACAGUCUAGGCUACCUCUCCCCCUUCCCGACAGCUCCCCGGAAUCUUCGAUAUCACCCCAUCCAGCUCCUACGGUACAACAAAUGAAUAAUUGGAGCGCUCGGACCGACUCGCCUAUGAGCGAAGGUGCCAAAAUACAAAUGGGUAUCAGCAAGUGCAUGUUACGAAAGCACAAGAACAAUCGCAAACCCCGCACACCGUUCAGUACUCAGCAACUUCUCUCUCUCGAAAGGAAGUUCCAGCAGAAACAGUAUCUGAGUAUAGCAGAGCGGGCAGAAUUCAGCGCCAGUCUACAGCUCACCGAAACUCAAGUAAAAAUCUGGUUUCAGGUGCGUGCGGAAUCAGCUCAUCAGGCUGCAUCUCGCAUAACCUUCAACUUUGAGAAAACCUCCUGA